AUGGCAAGGCUCCGGGCUGCGCACAGUGGCCCCAGCCUGCCUCCACGGGAGCGGCAGCUGGUGGCCGAGCUCGCGGCCCUCGGCGCCGGGCCCCCCGCCGCGGUCCUCUCGGAGCAGCGGCGGCGGGCGCUGGAGGCGGAGCUCGCGGGCGCGCGGGCCGAGAAGCGCGCGGCCGUGCUCGCCGAGGACUACGACGCGGCCCACGCCGCGAGCCAGCGGGAGCGCGGGCUCCUGGAGCAGCUGGGCGGCACGGCGCGGUGA